UUGACCGAGCAAGAGCGCGUCGAGGAGGGCCGCCGCAUGUUCCAGAUCUUCGCGGCCCGCAUGUUCGAGCAGCGCGUCCUGACGGCCUACCGCGAGGAGGUCGCCGCCGAGAAGCAGAACCAGCUCCUGCGCGAGAUCGAGGCCGAGCAGCGGCUCCAGGAGGAGCGCGAGGCCAAGAAGGCCAAGGAGGCGCAGAAGAAGAAGGACAAGAAGAAGUGCGUCCACCUCCCCUCCCUUUCCUUCCCUCUCGUCGACCUGUACUAA